AUGACUUUCACUGUUGAUGUGGACUUUGACUGCCCGGACAACACGGCAGCUCCCAGCCAGCCCUCCGGCCCGCUCCCUGCCGCCAGAAGCCCUGUGCCACCUUUCCCUGCAACAUCGGGAGCCGUGUUGGGUCGCAGGGUCGUGAUCAAGAACGUGGACAUGUCAGAAGGAAUGCAGGAAGACGCGAUAGAGUGUGCGUCCCAAGCCCAGGACAGGUUCAGCGUUGAGAAAGACAUCGCUGCCCACAUCAAGAAGGAGUUUGACAGGAAGUAUGGCCCCAUCUGGCACUGCGUCGUGGGUAGAAACUUUGGUAGUUAUGUCACACACGAAACCAAGCAUUUCAUCUACCUGUAUUUUGGCCCAGUUGCCAUUCUUCUGUUUAAAUCCGGUUAAAGCAUAGAUUCUCCACGUGCCCAAAAUCAUCUGAAAAUAAGAACUGGGGCCUAACUUCCAAACACCAGAGACUACCAUCUUCUGGCCUUGUUGAGAGAAUGCCUACAUCUCUUAAACUUGUGUUAUUUUGGAUGGGGGCAUUCUCUGUAGUCUUUAGUUGUAGUAAAAACCAAUGAGCACCACAGCUUAUAUUUGUGUUUAUUUCUAGUCCAUACUUUUCCUC